AUGUCGUACCAACCCCAGGAGCCCACGGAGGAGAACGGUGGCAAAGGAAAGGACAGAGUUAGGGGACCAAUCAUUCAGGGAAAGCGGUACGCACUCCCACCGGAUCCGCAUAUGCCAGAACGUCGGCAGUAUGCCGACCGCUCCAAUACCACUCUACUCAGUAAGACAGAAAUGGCUGCCAAGUCUAAACAGAUGGACAGUCAUCCUUCGGCCAAAUCAUUUCGCAUAAAGGCAGCCGAAGCAGCUGCCAAAUCCAAGCCGGCGCCUGGCCGCAUGCGGAGCGAGGAAGACCCGGCUGUUCGGAAGAAAGAUGAAGCAAUGUGA